UAGUACUAUAGAAACCAUAAUUGAUCAAUUUUUACCAGAAUCAUUAAGGAAAUAUCAUUUAAAAAAUUUAAAACUUACAGGAGAGUAUAAAAAAAUUUCUGAUGCUAUACCUUAAUUUUUACAUGGAAGACCUGAAUCAUUUGUCAAGCAUAUUUAUAAUGGACUUUCUACUGCUAAAAAUAUAUAUUCUGAAAAUAAAAUAAAAAAGUUAAAAUUGGAGCAUACAUUGCAUGUAAAGAGUGAAGAUCAGGGCCGGAUUUAACGGAGGGUUUUAAGGGCAAUUGCCCCGGGCAACAGAUAUUUGGGAGGCAUCUGGAUGCCGGUACACUUUAAAAAUAUAUUUUUAUUUUGACCUUUUUAGAAAUGUAUGAAAAAAUUAUCAACUUGAAAAAAUAAUAUAGGUUUAUAAUUAUAUUAUUUGGUCUAUAAAAUGAGUACGUCAAGAUGUUAAGUGGCAACAGUAUGGUAUUGGGGCAUCCAGUGAAUGCACAAAUAUAUUAGUAUAUAGGCUUCGAUUAAAUAUACAUGUGUUUUUAAUCAAUGAAGUGGUUACGGGCGCCUUACGGGCCCCCUACGGGCGUCUUCACACGUAGCCACUCAGCAGCGCUUCUUAGCAGCGCGUCAGUAGCGCUGCGAAUAUUUUUAGAAGCGCGUCAGUGGCGCUGCGAAUAUUUUUAGAAGCACGUCAGUGGCGCUGCUAUUGUUUUUAAAAGCGCGUCAGUGGCGCUGCUAAUGUUUUUAAAAGCGCGUUAGUGGUGCUGCGAAAGUGUAUCGGUAGACAAUAUUUGUGAACACGAGAGCACUACAUCAUUCUCAAAAUGAACGUGGAAACUAAACUAUUGUUGGCGAUGCUAUUAAUUAAAAAAAAGAAACGUAAAAAUACACCGAGAAGAUUCUGGGUGAAGCCAUUGCUUCUAGAAAGACCAAACAAAGGAUUAUUUUAAACACUGUUUGAUGACUUGGAAGGAGAUGAUAUAAAAUUCUUCUCAUAUUUUCGUAUGUCGAAGAAUACAUUCAAAGAACUUUUAUCUGGUAUCAAAAAUAAUAUAACGAAACAAGAUACUAUCAUGAGGAAGUCCAUUCCUCCGAAUGAAAAACUAGCUUUAACUCUGAGAUAUCUCGGGUCUGGAUACACGAUGAGCGAUCUUCACAUCGAUUAUCGCAUUGGAUUAUCAACAAUAUCUAACAUUGUUCGAGAAGUGUGCGAAUCUCUCUGGGCCACAUUUAAAAAAAGUUGUUUCCCUACAAUCACGGAAGAACUACUAACAAAAGUUGCUACAGAAUUUGAAGAACGAGCUAAUUUUCCACACGUUAUUGAAGCCAUCGAUAGGAAACAUAUUCGAGUAAUCAAGCCAGAGGGCAGUGCAUCAAUGAACUUCAAUUAUAAACAUUUUUUUUUCCAUUCUCUUACUGACAGCGUGUGAUUCAAAUUACAAAUUUUUAUACAUUGACGUAGGAGCACCAGGAAAAUCAAGUGAUUCAAUAACUUUUAAAAACUCAUCGCUGUAUAAAUUGUUAAAAACUAACAAAAUUAAAUUACCACCACCCAAACCUCUUUUAGACAAAAUUCCUUAUUUUUUAAUUAGAGAUGAAGGAUUUGGGCUUUGUCAAUUUCUUCUGAGAUCAUUUGGUGGAAAAUAUUUGUUUGUGGGUAAAAAAAUAUUUAAUUACUGCCUUACAAGAGCCAGAAGAUACAUCGAAUGCAGUUUUGGAAUACUUAGUAAUAAGUGAAGAAUCUUGCAUCGUGCACUUAAUGUUGAAGAAAGUUUGGCAGAAAAUAUAAUUAAAACGUGCUGCCUUUUACACAAUUUUGUGAGGGACAGAGAUGGUAUUACAUUUGAGGAUACUAUCGCUAUUAGUGGGUUGAUUGAAGAUACGACAGUGGACAAUUCUCAACCAGGAAAUGCAACCAAAUGCGUUCGAACAGAACUUAUUGAUUUUUUUAUGAAAGAGGGACAAGUAUCGUGGCAAAUGAAAAAAAUAUAAAUUUAUUUUAUUUUAUUCACUAGUUUCUGUAUUUCUAUUAUCAUUAUUAUUAUUUUUUUAAAUUUAUGAUACUCUCGCGCAGGCAGUCCGAUAGUGAGCACGCAUUUUUACGUCGCUCCCGGAUUAUGUUCAGCUCUGAAACUUCUACCGAACAGAAAAUUCCGUUUUUCAUCUUAAUCAACGAAAUACUUGACAAUCUUGCCACAAACUUGUUAGCUGACCAACUUACGGGUUAAAUACUUCUCCAAAUCAAGUAACAUCGUCUAUUAUUUUUAUUUAUUUAUAAAUUAAACUAAAUAAAUUACAUCCCACUACCGCGAAACGUUAGUCCAAACACAGGUCCACAGGCACCGUUGCGCGCGGUGACCUUUGAACUCCGAUAACAUUGGCGAUAUGGCCUCUAGAACCGUGUCCUCAAUUAAAAUUAUCAAUAACCAAAUAAUCAGAAAAAAUAAUGAAGACAAAAAUAAAAAUAAACGUAACUUAUCGACAUCGUCCACUCCACCGCAACCACCAUCCUAUACAGCUAGCAUCAAGAAAGUUAAAUCGUUUAUCACGCCAAACAGGUAUAGCGUCCUAUCAGCUGUAGACGAGCCUACUAUCGAAAACCUUAACGUCGUAUCUGAUAAUCAAAACAAGGAGCAACCGAAUACCACUAACAAUACACCGAAAACAACUUUGCCUCCACCCAUCUUCAUUAAAGGGGUUCUCAACUACAUGGGCUUGAUGAACCAAUUUAAACAAACAUCGGCCCAAACACCUUCUCGUGUAAAUUGACCGCAACUCAUCUAAAAGUCCAAACUGAUACCCCAGACAAUUACAGAAAAAUCAUUCACUUAUUGAAAGAAAUCAACGCUCAGUACCACACAUACCAGCUCCAAUCCGAUAAACCUCUAAGAGUAGUCAUAAGGAUCCGAUAUAACAACAGCUCUAGAAGAAAUAGGGUACAAGGUGAGAAAUGUCACCAAUGUUAAACACCACCAAACCAAAAUUUCGCUGCCCAUGUUCUUUAUUGACAUAGACCCAAAUGUAGAAAGCGAUACUGAUAUUUUCUCUAUUACGUCUAUUUUGCAUACAAAAGUAAAAAUAGAAGAGCCCCACAAAAAACGACAGAUAUCACAAUGCCAAAACUGUCAAAGCUAUGGACACACUCGCUCAUACUGCGCUUACCCACCCAUAUGUGUCAAAUGUGGAGAAAAACACCUUUCAUCAUCGUGCACAAAAUCACCAGAUCUACCAGCAAAAUGCGGCCUCUGUCAAGGCGUGCAUCCAGCCAACUAUAAGGGAUGCACAAUAUAUCAAACAAUUUCCUGGAAACACAACAACAACACCUCAAGCAAGAAAGCCCAGCAGCCACCGCCUUCUAAUCUCAACAUCAACAUCAAUCCUGAAUAUCAACAGCAACAACCAGGCUCCGAAAACACGACCAGGUCACAUGAAGACUGCAAGAGAAGGUACAAAAACAUUAAAGAUGCCCAUUUAAAAAAUAAACGGGCAAGAAAAAUGAAUACUGGAGCAAGUGCCUCUUCAAAACCCUCAAAAUGGCAUUUAGCACCAUUUUUAACUUUUUUGGAUGCAGUACCACAAGAAAGAAACACUACUUCAAAUAUAUAUGAUACUGAUAAUAAUGAAGAUUCUGGCUCAGACGAAGAGGAAAUAAAUAUCACACAAGAUGAUAUACUGCAGUCAUCACCAGUAACGCAAUGUCCUCAAUCUCCAUCGACUUCAAAAUCACAAAAAUCGACUCAUAAAAGAAAAAAUUUAAAAGUCACUGAAUUAUUAGAAAAACGAUCAAAAGAAAGAACAGAGCUGAUGACACAACUGAUCACUAAAAAAAAAAAUACGGAUGAGUACGAUGAUGUUGAUCAUUUUUUCAAAAGUUUAGCUCUAUCUGUCAAAAAGUUGCCACCACACUUGAUUUCACAGGCGAAAUUGAAAAUGUUGACAAUUGUGACUGACUUGGAACUUCAAGCUGCAGAUUAUCAUACGCAUAACGUCCACAUCAUACCUAGCAUUAGCAGAGUAUCAUCAGAGUCAAAUACUUCUACUAGUAGUUCCCCAUAUUCUAACAACUUUAUUCCAUAUAGUCCACCUUCACUAGAUUCACCAUCAUAUUCAAAUUUUCAACAACAGUUUGGACCACCAAAUCCAACUACAUUUACAUGGAACACCAAUUCUCAAUAAAUUUAACAAUAUAUUUUAAAAUAUUAUCUUAUAAGGU